CAAGCCGUGAAGCCGACAAAACCGUUAAAAGAUGACGUUGAAAAUCAUCUCAAGCAAGGUAUUCAGGCAAUAAAUAAAGAAAACUGGCGACAAACACAUUGUAAACGUUUUACACUUGAAUUCGAGAAAAAACAUGUGGAGAGAAAGUUUUUGGAAAUCAAAGAGUCAGCACUGCUUGCACAAAUUUGCUGCUACUUCUUCAUUUUUGUUCUAGCAUGCUGGAUUCUAAUCAUUGGAAAAAUGAGCAGCUCGACGAUGUUUAUUAGUAUGAGUGUCGUCAUCAUAGCACUAGUCAUUUUGCUCAUCUACAUUGCACUUAAGGCUUUUUUGUUGAGAAAUGCGAAACGAGGGGCGAAGAAGCUGAAAUGUUCAAGGAGCGUUCGAAUUUUUUUCAUUUUCGCUAUUGUACUGCUUGCACAUUCCACAAUCAUCAGUGUGAGUGAUGUUUACCUAUUCAUCAUUUUAUGGGAUACGAUCGUGUCGGGAGAAAUUACCCGCAUCUAA